AUGGUUUACAAGAUUAUUGGUAAAAUAAUCACUCAUAGACUGCAAAAUGUCAUUGGGGAAGUGGUUGAUACAGCUCAGGUAGGCUUUAUUCCUAAAAGACACAUCACAGACAAUAUACUGCUUGCAACAGACCCAAUAAAAGGCUAUAAUAGGAAAGGGAUUUCUCCUAGAUGCACUAUCAAGGUGGAUCUAAAAAAAGCCUAUGAUUCAAUUGAAUGGACAUUCUUGGAAAGCAUGAUGCUUGAGCUAGGGUUCCCUCAAACUUUUGUUUCUUGGGUCAUGGCUUGUGUGACUAUUGUGUCAUACUCUAUUCUGCUCAAUGAUGACUUGUUGAUGUUCUGUAGAGGUGAUCUAUCCUCCAUUCAUGAGAACUUACUUGCAUUUAGAAUUUUCUCUCAAGCUUCAGGAUUGGAAGCUAACUUACAUAAAAGCAAUAUAUACAUGGGUGGUGUUACUGAUGAAGUAGUAUUUGUGGUUCAGUCAACAACCAAGAUCCCUAUGGGAGAGCUGCCCUUCAGAUAUCUUGGGGUACCACUGUCUACCAAGAAACUUUCCUACAACACCUGCAAGCCUCUAGUGGAGAAGAUUAUGGCUAGGACUCAGAGCUGGGCUGCAAAGCUACUCUCAUAUGCUAGAAGAGCCCAGUUAGUGAAGUCUGUUCUAUUAAGUAUGCAGAUCUUCUGGUGUCAAAUCUUCAUGCUGCCAAAUAAGAUAUUGAAAGAGAAUCAAGGGUUGUGUAGAAGCUACCUAUGGACUGGAACUCAGAUAUCAAGAAAAGCUCUGCUGGACCUAUGGAAUAAAGCUGCUAUAGCCAAACACUUUUGGGCUGUAGCACUUAAACAAGAUAAGUUAUGGAUUCAGUGGAUCCAUUCUUAUUAUAUCAAGCAAGCUAACAUAUGGACUAUGAAAGUCCCUUCUGGAAUGUCUUGGGUGCUUAAGAAGAUUAUGAAAUGCAGAGAGCUCUUUGAUAAUGGCAGGAAGAUUCAUGAUUAUGAAAAAGAUGGGAGAUUCUCCAUUAAUAAGUGUUAUAAGGCAAUCCGAGAGCCUAAUAUUCAUGUUAGCUGGAAAAGGUUAGUAUGCAACAAUAGAGCUACUCCCAAAAGUGUAUUUAUUACAUGGCUGGCAGUGCUCAAUAGGUUGAGUACAAAAACCAGAAUAGCUCAAUGGAAUAUAGUAUCAGAUACUACAUGUGAGUUGUGUGAUAAUGGAGAGGAGGAUAUUCAUCACCUUUUCUUCCAAUGUGAGUACUCUGCUGAAAUCUGGAGGAAAUGUUUGAGCAUUCUAAAGAAACCAAGAAGUCCUGCAAGUUUUAUGGAGGAGGUGCUGAUUGCUGCAAACCAAUGCAGAAGAAGACACAAGAAGAACAAGUUAUAUGGGAUGAUGUUUGCUGAAACUAUCUAUAAUAUAUGGAUGCAGCGCAACCAGAAAAUAUUUGAAGGGCAACAUAAGUCACCUGACCAGAUUGUUAAUAUAAUUGGCUUUAAUGUUGCUGCUAGAGUAGAAGAUAAUAUGAGAAAUCUUUUGUAUAGAUAG